AUGGAUCCUGAAGGCAAAAAGUUUGGAGGAGGCCCAAGGGAGUUGACAGGCGCUGUCGAUCUCAUAGGCCAUUUCAAAUUGAUACCUCACUAUGAGUUUUUCUGCAAGAGGCCGCUUCCCGUGUCAAUCGCAGAUACACACUAUUUGCAUAACGUAGUAGGAGACACUGAAGUAAGAAAAGGAGAUGGGAUGCAAUUGGAUCAACUUAUUCAAAAUACAUCUUUCUCGAGAGAUACAAGUGCUCGAAUACAGCCUUUUGACUUGGACAUACUCAAGGAGGCUUUUCAACUAAAGGAAACCGCUCCCGUCGAUUUGCCUGCUGCGGAGAAAGGAAUACCAACAAUUGCAGGGAAAUCGAAAAGCGAGAAAGACAAAGAGAAGAAGCAUAAGAAGCACAAAGAUAGGGAUAAGGACAAAGAGCAUAAGAAGCACAAACAUCGUCACAAGGACAGAAGCAAAGACAAAGACAAGGAUAAGGACAAGAAGAAAGAUAAAAGCGGACAUCGUGAUUCCAGUGCUGAUCACUCAAAGAAACACCAUGACAAGAAAAGGAAGCAUGACGGAGAUGAUGAUGUUAAUGAUGUGCACAAACACAAAAAGAGUAAGCAUAAGAGCUCAAGAAUUGACGAGUUAGGGGCAAUAAAGGUCGCCGGCUGA